GCUGGCGUCCCAACAUGGCGGCGGCGGGCGGCGGCAGGCCGCUGCCGGUCCUGCCGCUGCUGCUGCCGCCGCUGCUGCUGCUGCUGGGAGCGGCGGCGGCGCGGCUGUACCGGGCGGGGGAGGACCCGCUGACCGUGCUGGCAGCCGGCUCGGUGCGGCGGGCGCUGCUCAACUCCUCGGCCGCCUGGGUGGUGCAGUUCUACAGCUCGUCCUGCGGCCACUGCAUCGCCUUCGCCCCUACCUGGCGGGCCCUGGCGGGGGAUGUUAAAGACUGGGAAUCUGCAAUUAGAGUUGGUGUGCUGGAUUGUGGGGAAGAAGAGAACUAUGAGACGUGCAAAGAAUAUGGUAUUCACUAUUACCCAACUUUUAGGUACUUCAAAGCAUUUACAAAGCAGUUUACUACUGGAGAAAAUUACAAAGCGGGAGCAGAUAGAGAGCUGCAAACAGUUCGUCAGAUGAUGAUUGACUUCUUACAGAACCAUUCCCAAGAGUUGAGACCGCCAGCUUGCCCGCCAUUGGAUCCAGUUUCGUUCAGUGAUGUUGCUUCUCUUUUUGACAAGAACAGCCAUCGUUAUACUGCCGUCGUCUUUGAAAGUAAUAACUCCUAUGUUGGACGAGAGGUUAUCUUAGACUUGAUCCAGUAUGAAAACAUUGUUGUAAAGAGAGCGUUGAAUUUUGAUAAGCAUUUUCUUGAGAAACUUGGUAUUACCUCAGUCCCUUCAUGCUAUCUGAUACAUCCAAAUGGGUCCCAUGGAUUAAUUAACAUUUUGAAGCCCCUGCGGUCUUCCUUUUCUUCGUAUUUAAAGUCACUGCCGGGUGUAAGAAAAAAACUUCUUUUGCCACUUCAGCUACCUGUUCAAGAAAACAAAGAGGAGAGUACAGAAAUCAAGGUGUGGAGAGAGUUCGAUAAAUCUAAGCUGUACAUGGCUGACCUUGAAUCAGGAUUGCAUUACCUGCUCAGGGUAGAGCUUGCGACGCACAAGACACUUGAGGGAGCUGAGCUAAAGACCUUCAAGGAUUUUGUUACCAUCUCUGCCAAGCUUUUUCCUGGCCGUCAGCCUGUGGUAAAGUUGUUAGAGACCUUGCAAGAGUGGCUGGUGAGCCUUCCAUUAGACAAAAUCCCUUAUGAUGCUAUCCUAGAUCUGGUCAACAACAAAAUGCGGAUUUCUGGGAUAUUUCUCACUAAGAAAGUUCAGUGGGUCGGAUGUCAGGGCAGCAGACCGGAGCUGAGAGGUUAUACCUGUUCCCUUUGGAAGCUGUUUCAUACCCUAACUGUUCAAGCUGCGCUGCGACCAAAAGCGUUGAUAAAUACAGGUCUUGAAGACAAUCCCCAAAUAGUACUUCAGGUCAUGCGGAGAUACAUUCACCACUUCUUUGGAUGCAAGGCUUGUGCUCAGCAUUUUGAAGAAAUGGCUAAAGAGUCCAUGGAUUCCGUUAAAACCUUAGACAAGGCUGUUCUCUGGCUCUGGGAGAAACACAAUGUGGUGAAUAACAGGCUCGCAGGUGAUUUGACUGAAGAUCCAAAAUUUCCAAAAGUUCAGUGGCCAACUCCAGACAUUUGUCCUGCAUGUCAUGAAGAAAUUAAAGGAUUACACAGCUGGAAUGAAGCCCAAGUUCUACAGUUCAUGAAGUAUCACUAUAACAGUGAAAAUAUUCUAUAUAAAUACACUGCAAGCCAGACUGACUCCAGUGAAACUGAGCAGGGAGAUGCAAGGGAGGCCCAAGACAAAAGCCUGCUGAAGAAACCAAGUGGAAACAGCGAAAAUAAGAUCCAGGAUAAAGAAAACAUACUAGAUUCAGAAUCUAAGGUGUUAGAUAAGCUAAUAGCAAAACAUGGACCUGUCAAAGAUAGCGGUAAAAGCGCAGUUGGAUCAGCUAACCUUAAAGAGACAAAGCAGGCCAUGUCUUUCCUGGGGAUUGGAUUUUCAAAUAUAGACAUGAGUCUGUGUGUCAUACUGUAUGUAGCGUCAUCCUUAUUUUUAAUGAUAAUGUACUUUUUUUUCCGAAUGAGAUCUAAACGGUGGAAAGUGAAGUAUUAUCGUUCAUCUGUAUAGAAGUGUAAAUCAAAAUUUUCAUUGUACAUGGCUGUUCAGUACCAGAUACAGCUUUAAUAUUUAUGAUCAGGGAUUUUAUAUACAGUAUUCCUUGUUUCAGAACCCUUUCUUCCCAAGUCAUUUCACAAGUGUUCUAGCUGAAUAUAUGGAACUCGCCAAAACAACCCGAAUCUUUAGCUGAGGCACACAGUGCUCUCAUAAAUGUCCACUGAAGGAAGCAUUGCAUUUUUCAGUAAGAUUUUUUCCAUGACUUACCACCUACAUCGUUUACUCAUUUUCAGAGUAAACAUUGCAUUAUGCAAUCAACUGUGCCUGGUUUAGAAGGAAAUUGGAUAUUGUUUUGUGUACUUCAGGUCAGGUUUGGCUUUCGUUUUUGUUUUUUAAUUUAUCCAGAGCUGAUUUUACCUACCAGAGUACUGAACGGUUAUGCUGUUACCUUGGCUGCUUCAUUUAGAGAAGCAAGAAUUCUGAUUUUUUUUUUUUUUGUUCAGGAAACAAGAGUUCUAUUCUGAUUAAAUCAAUUCUAAAUCUAUGUGACUUUCUGAAAUAUUACUUACACUGCAUAUUUAAGUAGAAAGCAUUACAUGUUCAAAUAAGUCUUCCAUGCUCUUGUACGUUCCAGCCAAGUGUGUGUGCGUCUCCUAGGAUGAGAGUUUUGGGGCAGUUUGGAUCUCAAUAAGCAGCCUGAUUCUGAUCACUCAUGCUGUCAUCCAUUUUAAUGGAGUUUAGACGUAAGCAAGGACAGACUCAGACCCAGUGAUGUACUUGCUGCUCUAUUGGAUGUGUUAAUGGAGCAUUAGAUAACUCGCCUCACUCUUUUAUGAGCCAGAAAAGUAGCUCCAGUAAUUGUUGUGUUAUCCAGAUGGAAGCCAAUUCUGAUGAACUCUAGUAAAGGGAAGCUGUGUUUUCAGUGAAGGACAGUGAGAUUUGCAUCAGCAUGCCACCUGGAAAUGCGAAGUUUCUUCCGAUGCUGGAUAACUCCUUUACAAUAUAGCCAUUUUCUUCUUGUAAGGUGGAGCAAACACUUGAUAUUUCCAGUUCUGAGCUCUCAGAGUGUGUCACCUGCUAGCCAUGCAGUUGUCUGUACAGCCUUGGAGGAACAGCCCAUUUCUCUUGCCCUUCUGCUGGAGUGCUCCUCGCUUUGGGUCCGGAGGGAUUUCACUAAUGGUUAGUCUGAGGGCUGCUCUGUUCUGGGACGCGGCAGCAGUUGGGAAUAUGGUGGUUGCCUUUCCAGGGCAGGCUGGCUGGGGUCCUGGCUGGCAGCAAUUAGAAGAAACCAUGAAAACAGUUAUAAAAUUAGCAUUUGGAAUAGGAGUUCCUUUCUGAUCCUAGCUGUGGGGGAUAAUUCACGUCCUGGAUAGUGAAGUUUAUAAUCCUAUCCAAUGUAAUUGAGCAUGUUCUAGUUAUCCAUUACCUAAUCUUUAGUUAAUCCUAAUAGGUUUUGGCCUCAGUGUUUUCUUGUGGCAGUGAGUUCUACAGAUUAAUUAUGUUAUAUAAAAAGGCUUUUCCUUUCAAUUCUACAUUUGCAACUUUUAAUUUAAUUGAAUGUUUGCUAGCUCUUCUGUUAUGCGAGAAGGAAUAAAUAGUCCCUGGCCAAUUCACUGUAUUUAUACUGUUAGUGUGUCCUCCUCUUAUUUCCAUCAUAAGCCCUAGCAUAAAAAGUUUAAAGCCUAGCAACAGGAAUGGUCUAAAAGCACAAAAACUCAACAGAGGUAUUUUUUUAAUAAUCAAAUCUUGUUUGUUGACAGAACUGAACAUUUCUGACAUGAGUUUCUGCAGCUUCCAACUGGAGUAACAAAACUGAGCUUCAAAGAUUUGCUGUCCCUUGUUCCUUAAGUUUAUCAAAAUAAUAUACGCAUAAAGUAAUAACCUCUGUGGUUAUUGUAAACUUGCCAGAGGGGGGAAAAAAAAAAUCUCCAUUCACAUGACAGCCUGACACACAUAGAGGCGCAUUAUCUGCGGCUUUUUUAAGCCACCUUUGCUGUUUGUUGUAAGCACCCGAUGGCUCUUGCUCCGAUGUGAGAAACUUGGCUCUGCUGAAGCUGGGGCCCCGCUCCUGCCGUGUGCUGCCUCCGCUGCUGCUGGGAGCACCUGCGGGCAACUCUCCGGCCUCUGGGCUAACGGGAAAACUCUCUUUAAUUCUGAUGUUAAGGCUGCGACAUUGAGUCGGGCUGUGCUUUUCAAGGGCCCUCACUGUUCAAGAGUUCUGGCACAAGGAGCAAUCAGGGGUCUGGGUUUUUUAGGAAUUUAUAAGAGUCUCUAUAAUUAUAGCACCUGGGCUCGAAUAUUAAAACAACUUGGAAGCAACUAGAAAGCUGGAGAACCAGAGGGAGAAGGUGGUCCAGGCUGGCUCAUUGCUGCCACUUGCUUUGUGCUGGAAUCUAGUGAGGGGUCCCAGGAGGAGGCUUGUUAAGAGGAAAGCCCAGAGUUUCCAAAUUUAGUUUUGAAAUCAGGCAACUUUUAAGUGACCUAAUCUGGGGAGAUGUUGGUAUCAGCCAACAAGCCAAGGACAUUUAGCUUCUCAGAAAACCUCACAAACAAACCCAAACACUAAACCAGCAGCAGAGCAAGUGUUGGAUCUGAAAAAUUUAACCAGUUUCUGUGGGACUCUUGAAUCCCCUGCUGUCAGUAUUGUUGCACAUUUUAAAGUUAAAAAUCAGUCAUUAAUGCUGCUGUUCAGAACUUUACCACAUAUAUAGACCAGAGUUUGUUAACUUUGACUCAUUCUGCUUGUUUUCAUCUGCAUAUGAGAACAAAAGGUUUUGAAGGUUUGUAGGGAUGAUUUUGCCAUUAAAACAGCAGCAAAUGUGGUUUUGUAAUAGGGUAUUUUUUUGGCUACACGCCAUUAACUUUCAUGUUGCUGUGACUCUACUGGAAACAUGACGAACCAAUACUCAAACCUCCCAUCUUCUUUUUUUGUUUAAGAGUGUGAAAGGAUUAGAUUCCGAUGUUGGCUACCCAUGUUGGUGUUCUAACUCUGUUGCCAGUUAACUGGUUAAGACUUUCAUUUUAAUGCUAGUAGUGACCUCACCUGGAAAAGUUUUCUUGUUUUUUCAUUCAGUUAUGUAACUCUUGGUUUACUUGUUUUCAGUCUUUAUAAUGACAAAUUAUAUACUUUUAUGUACUCUGACUGUAAAGAUACAUUAUGUCUGCUGGGGAGUGUGUGAUGCUGCUUUGCCGUGGUGUGUUAUCAGUGGGUGAGUUACAAGAAAGUGUUUCCUGUUUAAAAAUUGCCUCAAACCACCAUUUCCUCAGUCCUGAAGGUUUCAUUUGUGUAUUGUGUUGUACCACAGAAGUUUCUGGAUGCCACUUUCAUUUGUGGACUGGUGGUAGUCAUUUCUGAGAAGGAUUUCUUGACCCUUUAUAAUUCAUGGAGCCUUUUUUGCUCUUUGGAUGUUUUUAAAGAGGAAUUAUUAAACCUGCAUAGAAAAUAAAAGGAGUACUGUGGAAUGUGCCAGGAGAGAAAGUAAAGCUGCAAGUGCUAAAGAAACCUAAUUAAGUUAUUCCUGAGAACUCUUAAUUUUAAAUUUCCAGCAGUGUCGCCACCCUGCUAGUCCUGCUCAGAACCAGAUGGGAACUGCUGUCUUAGCAAGAGGUCCAAAGUGUGUUGUCUAGGUCAGUGCGUUGCAUAUGAGGUGUUAAAAAUAGUGAAUAUACCGUUUCAGUAAUUUAAAUGUUCUAUUUAUUUUAAUUCCAUAACUUGACGUUUUUGAGUCUGUUCUGUUGUGGUUUUUUUACUGUCUCAUACCUCUCUAGGAAGGAAAAGUGACUGUUUUGUACUAAAUUGUAAACUAAUGUGCUUGUUUAAAAUAAAUUGCAAACAUUUGGGCAAA